AUGAGCUCCCAACUGGGACUCAGACUUCAUCCUCCUCUCCACCAACGCAGUUCAUUCUGGUCGAUUUUCCACGCCCAAGAAUUCACCUACACUGUGUCUAACAGCCUGCUCACGUCGCCCACAUUUCAUGUGAUCAACCCACUCAACCACGACGCCAAAGGCGACAAGGUCUCUGUCAGCUUGCCUAUCAAAGCCGUGUCGGGCUUGGGAGACGAAGAAAUCCUCGCGCUACUUACCAAGGGAUUCUUUGGUGGAUGGGUUUUUGCCAUUGAGGGCUGGGCGAUGAGAGCUUGCGGGGGGAUCUUGCCUGCAGCGUAUACGGGCUUCAAGGCCAAUCAAACCGCUUCGAAAAGAAUAAUAUGGAAAAGCUCGGAUAUCUCAGAAGACAGUCUCGUCCCUAUCGGUGACAUGCUGUUCGACUUCGCGCUGGUCUCGAAGCACAUCCAAACACGGCCAGACUCAAUCCCACCAUCGUCCAGCUACGGCUCUAGCUACAGCUACAGCUACAGCUACGUGGACUACGGGUUUGGGUCCGACCAGAGGAAUUUUGCUGGAGCUCACCGUUUUGUCGUCACUCGAAAAGAACAGGACCAGCACCAGCACCAGAACCAAGACCAGGAUUCGAAAGAACAAAAAGAAGAAGAAUAUAUCGAGUUGUCCAUCGAGUGUUUCAGGUGCAAUCCGCUGAUCAAUCAAGACUCAUGGGCAGAGUACCUUCCUUGGCUUCAUUAUUGGUAUGCACGAUUCUUGUGGGCGGAGGCGGUGAGGACUGUGUUACGACACCACCCAAAGGCGACCUGA